AUGUUACCAUGCUUUAACUGGCUGCAGCCUUUCCUUGCCCUGAUCUCCUCCACCUUGCUUACGCAAGGACACAACUGUCCAUCCACUUGUUUGUGUCCAGACCACCACACUGUGGACUGCACCAGCCAAGGUCUGACCAGAGUCCCGGACUCCCUCCCCCUGGACGUUCGCCGUCUCCUGCUCUCCAACAAUUGGAUUCCCGGGAUCCCCUCCGAUUUCCUGGCACUCUAUAGCGAUCUGGUCUACCUGGACCUGAGAAAUAACUCCCUCUCCCAGCUGGAGCCAGGGACCCUGAGCACCUCCUCUAGAUUAGUCUUCUUGGACCUGGGGGGCAACAACCUGACAGAAAUCCCUUCUGGGACAUUUGGGGAGUCUAGGAGUCUGAUCAAACUGCGACUGGGAAACAACACUAACCUAAACAUGAUAGGCAGAGACGCUUUCACAGGACUGACCUCUUUGAGGGAGCUGGAGCUGGAGAGAAAUGGUCUCACAGAGCUGGACGUCAGCAUCCUGGAAUCCCUGCCCUCCCUUCGAACGCUGCGUCUGGAGGGCAACCCCUGGUUAUGCAACUGCCACUUUGCUAAACUGUUUGUAUGGCUGAUGGAGAACCGCCACAAGCUCCCAAAGGGUAUGGAUGGGAUAGAGUGCACCCUACCUUUGGAUCGACGUCGUGUUCCCCUCAGUUUACUCUCUGCAGACAGUUUCCGCGAGUGCCGUGGUACCCUUACCCUAACUGACUACCUCAUUGUCAUCUUCUCUGGUAUCUCCGUCUCAAUGGCUGCCAUUAUGGCCAGCUUCUUCCUCGCCUCUACAGUCCACUGCUUCCAGCGCCUCAGCAAAGGCAGCAAAGGGGAUGAGGAGGAAGGGAAUGACUGA